UAUUCGACCUAGCGGCCGCCGCUCUCUACCAUCAGUCUCGCCUCUCUCUCUCUCUCUCUCUCUCUCUCUCUCUCUCGUUUUUUCAUCUGCAGAAAGAACACAAAAAAAAAAACCAACACUCUCCUCCCCUCCCUCGUCUCUCUCUCAUUCUCUUGCUCUCGCCUCUCUUCUUCGAACCAAAACCCCUCUGGGUUUUCACCGCCGCCAGCCUCUUCUUCUUCCUUCCCUUCCCCGAUCAAAAAUGCCGCCGCUCUCCUCUCUGCGAAAACCUAACCGCCGCCGCUCUCCCUCUCUAUCUCGCCUCUCUCUCACCUCUAAAAACCCAAAAAACCUAGCCUAAACACACCCCAAAUGGUCGCCGUUGCUCUCUUUCUCGGCUGGCCAAGGGAAUCGCUCGCAUCAAGUUAAAUCGACCUAGAAGGUCUCGAUCUAGGUAAGAUCCUAGACAUGCAUGCUCUUUUUUAAUUCGUUUUAGGCGAUUUCUGUUUUUAUUUGGGUUUUGGGGGAGUUCGGGUUCUCACCGUUCUUCUUUUUCUGGGUUUUGAGGGUCGGAUCUGGGCGAAGGACGAAGACCGGCGGCGACAGGCCGACGACAACACAGGUAGGUUUUUUUUUGUUUUGGUAAUUUUUAUUUUUGGUUUAUGAACCCUUUAAUCGACCCUGACUUCUAUUUUUGUUUUGAAGCAGGUCUUAAGACGAAAUUGAUUAGGUGAGGUUCCCUAAAUUUGAUUGGUGAUUAUUUUGUGAAUCUGGAAAUGAUUCACAGAUCUGGUAUUUUGGAAAAAUGUUUGUGUAUUUGGCGACUUUUGGGACUUAGGGGGUUGGGGAUGGUGUGUUGAUUUUGUUGUUCUAUUACAUUUCCAAUAUGCAUGAUAUAUUUUUAUGUAUGUGCAAAAAUAAUGCUAGAAUUGAAAUAUGACAUAUAUGAAAUAAAUAAUAAAUAAAAAAAAGUAUAAGUAGCAUAAUAAAUAAAUAGUAAUUAGUUUAAUGUUAAAGGUAAAGAUAGUAAUAAGUUAUUAUGAGUAAUUAGUUAGUAAAGUAAAUGUGCUUGAAAUGGGUAGAUAAAUGGAUUGAAAAUGAAACAAAGCUAAAAGGAAGAGCUGAGCCUGAUAAUGUAAAUGAGAUUGGUAAAGUUUGGAUUGAUUUAAGUUGUGAUUUCUCUUCUAAAGACAGUUUGGUCUUGUUGUAGUUUGAGUUGAUUGAUUUUUAAAAGCAUUGUGAAGAAAGAUAAAAGAAAGAGAUGCUAAUAAUGACAAUAUUAGAAUGGUAUUGACAAAAAGAGAAGAGUAGUAGAGAAGAGAAAAGAAUAAAUCAACAGCAUAUUAUUAUAACUGGAAUGUGAAUAUGGUUUUGCUCAAUACAAACCUCUUCUGUUUGGCUAGAGGCUUUCUAUUUGACAGAAUGAAGAAAGGAAAAAGAAAGAGUGUUUGCGUUUCUCUUUUAUUUUCCCCAGCACUUCCCCUCCCUCUAAACUGACUAAGAAGCCAACAAAAUCUCUGAAAUGACUGAGAGAGAAUUGACAGUGUUUUUCCAAGUGUUUUUCCCCCUCCUCCAAAAGCUGUCCUCCUUCUCUUGAAAGUUGGGCCUCCAUUUAUAGAAAAAAGAGGCGGUGGUGUCUGGGUUUGGCCAGACCACUUCUGGUUCGACCGGUCCGUUGGUCGGUUGGAGUGGUUGGGCCAACUUGGGUCGCUGGCAUUGGGCCAUGCAUUUGGACUUGACCAUCAUUAACCUUGGGCUGGGUUUUAGGACCUAAAUUUCAGACUGGAAAUCUGGGCUUGAACUGUGGGCUUGUCUUAAUCUUGGCCUGAUCUGACUUGGCUCCUUUCUUGUUGUUUGGCAGGUCCAUUGCUAGUUUCAAAAAGAGAGGGAAGAAACUUGCAUUGAUUGCGAUUUUCAUGUAAUAAUUGUGAUUUAGUUCUGAUUGUAAAUUGUGAUUUGGUAAUAAUUUUAAUAAAAUGUGCUACUUAUUCUUAAUUUUUUUUUGUCUUGUGCCAAAAGCAUAAAUUGGUAGCCAAUCGAUCCUAUUAGAUCCACUGGAACCGAAUUCGAAUAAAUUAUACAAUCGUCGAUAUUUUAGACUCGCACUGGCCAAUCUAAUUAUCUUAUGACAUUUAAAGAUUAAUUAGAAUUUAUAGUUGAGUAAUUGACCCGGACAAAAUGGGGUGUCUACAGUUGCCCCCCUUGUAUAUCUCUUUAUGUUAAGAGUUAUACAAAGUUCCCGUAUAGACACCACAUUUUCUCAGUUCAGUGGAGGAUUAUAUUUUGAUGGUGAGGUAUUUUUCGACAAUCGUCAUCGCCAAUUGUUACAUUUUCUCGAUGAUGACGUAAAUGAAGCGCACGUCAACGCUAAUUGUUUUUUCUGAUGAUGACGUAAACGAAGCGCACGCCAGCGCUAACCUUUGAACUCUUUUGAAAAUGACGUAAACGAAACGCACGUCCGCGCUAAUUGUUGGGGUUUCCUGAUGAUGACGUAAACGAAGCGCACGUCAGCGCUAAUUGAUGAGUUUUCCUUAUGAUGACGUAAACGAAGCGCACGUCAGCGCUAAUUGUUGAAUUUUUUAUAAUUAAUUGUUUUAUGCUUAUUAGCAUUAGUGUACUUAUUUUUAUGCUUAUUUUGAUGGUUAAUUGUUUUAUGCUUAUUUUUCAGGCGCUCUCCAGCACCAGUGUACUUUUCGAACGCUCACCAGCGUCGGUGUCGUAUUUUUCAGGCGCUCGCCAGCACCAAUUUAGUAUUUUUAGCGGUAAAAUCAAGCUAAUAAUUUUGUAACGACAUUGUACUCUAAUUGUUUGUGAUAGAAAUCAAUCGAAACAAUGAGAAAAACGACAACAAUGAAAUCAAGCUAAUCAUUCUGUAAGGAAGUUGUACUCAAAUUGUCUAUGAUAGAAAUCAAAUCGAACAAUGAGAAAAAAUGACAUCGGUAAAAUCAAGUUAAUCAUUUUGUAAGGACGUUGUACUCAAAUUGUUUAUGAUAGAAAUCAAUCAAACAAUGAGAAAAAUGAAAGCGGUAAAAUCAAGCUAAUCAUUUUGAAAGGACGUUGUACUCAAAUUGUUUAUGAUGGAAAUCGAUCAAACAAUGAGAAAAAUGACAGCGGUAAAAUCAAGCUAAUCAUUUUGACAGCGUCGUCUUCUUCUUCACCUGCACCGACUAUGACUCUGUCAUCGAGCUCUUCCUCUCUGACAAAAACAUCACGGUUUCUUUCCCCUCAACCAUCAACAACCUCAGAAACCUCACUCACCGUUAUCGAGAUCUCACACCGACGAAAACGUAGCUGUAAACUCGUUCGAUUCGGUGUCGGUAUCGGAAGAAAGAAGAAAAGAGAGGAGGACUGGGAACCCCGACGGAGAAAGAAAGAAGGAAUGGCGGGGGAUAGAGGCCUCAAUCGUAGCCGCCAGAAUCGUGGUUCUGAUAUGAUUGUUUGCCUGAGAUCAGAGACAGGUCGACGCCUCUACCGUCAGAGUCGAUAGCAGGGGUGUUCCUGCCUAUGAUGGAGACGAGCGGACGGGAGGAGAAGCGGUUGCUGGGGAAUGGUAUCGGAGUAGAUCGAGAGAGACAUGUAGGGAUUGAAAUUGUAUUUAUUAAUUUUAAUCUGUUAUAUUUGGUUAGUUUUACCUUUUUAUCCUUGUUGUUACAAUAACAACACCAUAUGUGUUGUUAUUCUAUCCGGACCCAACAAUGACCAUCUUUCUGCUUUUGCUCCAUCUAUGCCAGUGUUAGUCUCACAAACCUCAUUGACAUUAGACAAGCUACCAUUAGCAUGGCCCCUGCGGUGGAUGUCGCGCAAGUGGUGCUUGGUUGUCAUUGCUACGAUGGCCCCGCCAACAAUUGCUCCUCAGCCGGGACUAUAGGUGUCAAAACAUGACCCGACCCGAGUAACCCGCCCAACCAACUCGAUCCGCGACCCGCCCGCAACCCGAUUGGACUAAAAGUCAAAGACCCGCAACCCGCUUGACCCGAACCCGCUUGACCUGCAACCCGCUUAACCCGCAACCCGCUUGACCCGUAACCCAACUAACCCAAACCCGAUUAACCCAACCCGAACCCGCACGAUUGGCAUGAAUAAUACUACAUAAUAUAUUUUUGUGCAUAAAUAUUAUAUGUAGAUAAUAUAUAUAUACAUAAAGUUUACGUGACUUGCCCUAUUAUUUUUUCAUCUUUCUCACCAAGAACAAAGGUUUACUUUGUGUUGACAGGAGGUUAGGGUAUUAGGGAUUCAUUUCACUUUUUUGGUCUCUCUGCCUUUCAGUUGAACAAGUAAAAAGUUUGCAUUGUAUCAAAUUAAUUACGUGGACUAGUUGGCUUUUGUGAUGGUCUUUCCAAUUCAAAGUACAUGGUUCAAAGCCUAGCUACAUAAAAUUCACUUAAUGUAUAGGGUUUAGAGUUUGGAGCAUUAGGACACAUGUUCUUCUCAAUAACUGAAUACAAAAUUGACUUAACUAACAUUCUUCACAUAACAUACGUUAUAGUUUAUACUUUAUACCAACAAUUUCAUAACACAUAACUAUACUUCAUGGUUUAAGGUUAGCGUAUAUGGUAUACGGUAGUGGACUCGUGGUUUAGAGUUUGGAGUCAUAGGACGUGUGUUCUUCUCAAUAACCGAAUAUAAAAUUGACUCAACUUACAUUCUUCACAUAACACACGUUAUAGCUUAUGCCAACAAUUUCGUAAUAUAUAACUAUAGUAUAGGGUAUAGGGUCAUGGUUUAGAGUUCAGUGUUUGCCUGUUUGGGUUAUGGACUUAUGGUUAAGGGUUGAGGUUAGUUUUAGGUUAAUUACUUAAUGUUGUGAUUUAGGAUAAUGUAUGGUUGAUGAUUAAGGUUAGUUUUAGGUUUCAGAUUUGAAAUGGUGUUAUAGGGUUAGGGUUUAGGGUUUCUUCAUGGUUAUGUUUUAUGGUAGAUAUUUUGGUUAUGUUUUAUGGUAGAUAUUUUGGUUUUUAUAGUUAAUUAAUUAAUUUUAUUUUAACAAUUAAUUUAACUUGUGAAUGUACAUCUUAAAUACAUCAUAUUAAAUGACAUUCCGACCAACAGAUCGAACAAUAAACUAGUUAAUCGGUAUAAAAUUUACCAUCUAUAAUAAUAAAUAUCAAAGAAAGUAAGAACUAGAUGUUGAGGAAAAUUUUUUAAAUGCAAAAUUCAAUCACGGUAUAAUCCCGUGAAUGAUAAAAUAAUAAUUUAUUAAAAGAGAGGUACCCCUUCAGCCUUCGUGACAAAAAAAUUCCUAAAAUAUAGGAGGGAAACUUUGCCCCACUUUUCCAUUGGAGGAGGGAAACUUUCUUCUACCGAAAAAAGAAGAAGGAAACUUACCCCUUUCCAAAUUUUAGAUUCCCUCGAAAAAUGAAAACAAAAAAUCUCGCCUUUGCCUUUCUUUUCCCUCUUCAAUUUCCCACCUACUCUCAUCGGUUUGCUAUCUUGACGAUGAAACCCCACUUCAUUCUCUAGCUUCCUUCUUUUCUUUUUCUCCUCGUCCGCCUGAGAGCCACGCUGCUGGUGACAAGAACUUGUGUACCUUACUAUAUUUCAUUCUAUUAUAUUUGCUUAAAUGUUAUGUAAUGGUCUCAAGUCUCAACUAUCAAGACUCAAGAGAUUGUUUCAUAGGUUUAUGAUCAAAUAAGUUGUCAGCUUUUUAAUUUCUUAUAUUGGUUUUAUAACCUUAAUGAAUCCUCUGCAACAUCAAACUUGUUUAUGAUAUAUAUUCGAGCAAAAUCUAAUCACUCAUUUGUUUAAUAAUGUACCUUCAUGUUUUUUCACUGCAAUAUGGUGAUCGGUGAGUUUGUUUUAAAUUAGUGUAAUAACUAAUUAUAAAAAAAAUCGGUGGUUUGGACCAAACAACCCGCAACCCGGCCUGUUGUAACCCGCAAUCCGAUCAACCCGAACCCGAUUGAUUCGCAACCCGAUCAACCCGUAAUCCGAAUGAUUCGCAACCCGAUCAACCCGAACCCGAUUUGCCCGCAACCCGAUCAACCCACAACCCGAUCAACCCGCAACACGAUCAACCCGAACCCGCUUGACCCUCAACCCGCUGACCCGCGACCCGACUGAACCCGGCCCGAAACCGGCCCGAACCCGCCCGAUUGACACCUAUAGCCGGGACCUCCUGCAGCAUUCUGGAAGUGUCACUUCCCUUCUAACUUGCCAACUACUAUUCCUUUUGGCCUACAAGUCUGAAGGCCAUGCGUAGCAAUUGAAACUCAAAACACCUUCCUUGCUUAAGCUAACUCCGGUCCUAGCCUUGUUAUGCACAACCCCACUAGCAUGUCCUCUACCAUGCCCUUGCACAUGUUCCCUAGCUUCAUAACUCUAGUCGGUGCUCAAGGACUGUCCAAGUCUGCCUUAGUAUAAACACUUGCCCUAGCGCGCGCCCAACCCUCUUCUCUAUCAAAUUAGAACUGUAGUUCCUCCUCAAUCCUAGACCAAGUUCCGUUUGAAAAUGGUGCUCAGAGGGCACAAAUAAAGCUUUCAACACCCCUCUAUAGCAUUGUCUCUCCACACAUAUCGAGGACAAAGGGUUAAACAAAGCUUUUAUGUGAGUGAUAAGGUGCAGAAAUUGCUCUUACUUAGUCAAGGCUGCGAUGCACCAAUGUACAAAGCAAAACAAACCCACAUGUGCUAAAAAAGUACAAAAAUAGGCAUGUUAUUCAUAAAGAUAGGAAAUAAAAAUCUCAUUGUCAAACAAAGGUAGAGUGUGCUUAAACGUAAAACUAAAAUUUGCGAAAAGGUUCAUCCCAACGUUUUGAGACUCUCGAGUUGAGUUAGGAGCUUAUGAUUGAUAGAGAUUGGCUAGAUUGUCCUUGCGAGAUUUGCACCUCAUUAUUGGGGUUUGAUUCUCUAACUGAGAGGGUUGAACUUGUAAACUGCUUAUGAUCCACUACCUACGUUAGAAAAUCACGUGUCAUUGUAGAGGUUUAUUGAGUUGUACGAUUAUGCGUAGGGUUUGCUUGGGACAAGCCAAGUGCAAAUGUGAGGUUAUUGGAUGACGCAUAUGAACUACUAUUUUACACCAUUUACUAUAGCUAGAAUUGCAUGGUUUUAACAUAUUUAGGGACAUAAUAACUUGCCUUUGCUUGAUAAUAAUUCAAGGUGCGAUUUAUUAGCUUUAGGAUUGCUUUUACCAUUUUGAUGCACUUUUGAUAGUGUUCAUAUUAUCUUAGGCCAAAGUAUCAUAGUGGACUAUCUUGUAUGAGUGGGAAGCUUCAAGGCACGAUUUUUGGAAGUCAGAAUGCGAUCCCAUAUCUCAAGGAAUAUGCCAAACGUUGUGGCCAAGCUGGAAGAGGCCCGACAAACGUGUUCUAGGAUGACUUUUCCUCCCAGAAAAUCUGAUGCAGAGGCCUAUAAAUAAACCCCUAUAGGAUAGAAAUUCGGUAGGUAGUGAUAGGAUGCAUGAGGGAUCAUUACUCUAGCAACAAAAUGAAUCUCCUAUUUUUUAGCGAAACCAAAUCGAAGGGCAAAUCAGUGUCAGAAAUGGCGAUCUAGCCACUGAUUGCUUGUUCUAGACGCCGAUUCCAAGGGUAAUAUGGGGUCUAAUUUUGACUAAUGUUCCCCCUAAAUCACAUCCUCAUGAGCGAUGCCUAGUGUAGAUUAGCGAACCCUAGAGGUUCUUUGACUACGUAACUCUUUAUUUUGUUAUAUAUGAGUUUGAUUUCAUCUAUCUUUUCUGUUUCAUUUAUCUGCUUUAUUUAUUGUUGAUUCAAUUGUGUGGCUCAAUAUGAGGACUAUCUUCAAAGGAUACAUCCUCAAACCCUACUUCUUGACUGGAUGAGACUAGACACAACAAUCCCUCACGAUGGAUCAUCAAUCAAUUGAGUUGCGUCAACUUCCUCAGAUGAGACAUCCGUAGGGUCCAUAUUGUUCCUAUUAGUCCUUCUUCAUGCCAUGACACAUGAAAGGAAUAAACAUAGCAUGGAUCCAACAACUCAUAUGCUUUCAGAGUUAAGGUUGCGAGUCAAAGGAACUCUAGGGGAGCUUGGCUAUGCAACGCUUCACCCCUAUUUCCUUCAUCAACCUUUGUAUAGGUUUUUUCCUUCUGCUUUGUAAUCUUCCUUCGUUUUGUAAAACCAAGGGGAACUUCAACCACGAAAGAACCUCAAUCUUCAUAUUCAUUUUAAAAUUACAUAGAUCUUGUCUUUUGCCACCUGAGUAAGUGGUUAUGAGAGCCCUAAGGAAUUUGAUAUUGGUAAUCGCACAAGAUAAAUUUAGAUAUAUGUACUACAUACUAUCAAAUUUUGGCGCCGUCGUUGUGGACUCUCGCAACCAUCAGAAAGCGAACAAGGUAAGUAUUCUAUUUUCCUGUUGUUUUUAUCCUUUCAUUUUUAUUCGUCGUUUUACUUCUAUUUGUAUCUAAUUACGGUAUUUCUUUCAAUCUGUGUUUUAGAUUUAAUGUUUAGAGUCAAACCUAAAAGGGUCGGAAUCGGAAUCCAGGGCACCAAAUUCCAUCUUAAUAUGACGGCACCAGUGGCAAUUCCCAUUCCCCUUUUGGCUAUGUUUAAUUUUUUUUAUUCUGCUCGUUUUUAUCUUUUUUUAUGUAUGUGAGUAAGAGUCAGUUUCCAGGGAAAAACCAAAGGAAAAUUUAUCGGUGGUGAGGGUGUCAUUUUAUGGGGAAAAUCGAUGGCCCAAACAACAAUUUGGAUAGAAGUUUGUCACUUUCAUAUUUUACUCUCGUCUUUUAUGUAUGAGCCAAGCACUAACCAGAGGCAAGAAAAACAAGGUUAACCUUGAAAGGCUUGUCUAAGAUUGCUUAUCAGAGUUGUACUUCUAAUUCUUCUGAAACCAAGUCACCACCUUCACCUAGGAAGAGAGGUUUAAGAGCAAACAACUUACUACUCUUCUCCUUAAUUCCUAAACCACUCUUGGACCAGUCUUCAGGGGAAAGCAACAAGCUCCCUUCUAAACCAAAAACUUCGGAAGGCUUGGUUGAACGAACUCUCUACGAGUACAUGAGGUCUCAAACUGCAAACAUAGAUUCCAACAUCAUCUUGCCUCUGAUUACUGUACCUAACUUUGAGCUAAUAAAUUCAACAAUACAUAUGGUCGAGAAUGUAGGAUGCUUUGAAGGCCAUGAUAAUAAAAACUAUGUGAUAGUAUCAGAGCGUUUAUGGAGAUAUGUGAUUUUUCAUAUCAUAUAGUGUUUAUCUAGACGCAGUAAGGCUAUACUUAUUUUCUUUCUCCAUCUUGAGGAAAGCUAAGAGUUGGCUAAAUUUCUAACCAUCUAGUACUUUUUGAACUUGGGAGGCACUUGUCCAGGAUUUCAUAAAGGAGUUCUUUGUAGUGUGGAGCACUGACGAACUCAGGGCCAGAUUGCUCGCUUCCGGCAACGCACUUCAGAGUCGUUGUACAAAGUGUGUGAUGACAAUCAAACUAUAGUGCUUAUCAUUCUCAUAUUUGAUAAAUUUUUUAUUCUACCAAGGAGUCGGGUUAAGAAAUUUAGUUGGCUGUAAAUAUUCCUUAAAAUCACUCUGUAGAACUCGAGCAAGGAGUCACUCAGCUUGGGGAGGCCAAAAUAGCAUCCAUAAGAGGGUGUAACUAGUGAAAUGCUUUCCUCGUCAUUGGUGGUAUCAUCCCUCUCUUCUAUGUAUUGUUAGUUGUUGUUAAGGAUGUGAAUUCUAUUGUUGCUUAUAACAUCUUCUUUUUAUGAUAUAAUGAAUAUUCAUUGUUUAUCUAUGUUAUUCGAUGUUUAUACCAUUAGAUGACUUAGUCAUGUGAUGCUUAUUCCAUUGAAUGUCUAUGUCGUGCGAUCCUUAUGUGAAUCGCGUAUCUUAGUUUUAGGAUACUUUAACCAUGCGAUGCAUUCAUAAUAUAUUAAGUGUUACUAUAGUGUUGUUUAUUAUAUAAUCUUAUGUUGCAUGGGAAACCCCAACUUAUGUGAUAUGUCAUUGUCUUCGGCAUAUAUGGAAUGAUCAACAGUCUAUACCGGGUUGGAUCCGGUGCUUAAGCCUAUAGGUUUAAGAAAAUGCUUAAACUAUUCCUAUUUGUUGAUAGUGGAUUAGGUAGUUAGUGGAAGGUAAGUAGUUAAUAGGUAGUUGAGGGUAAAUUUGGUAUUAUGUAAAUAUAAUUAUUAUAAUUAAUAUUAUCAAUUAAUGUUUCUCUUUCUCUCUCCCGACCUUCUCCAUAACCCUCUCUCUCCACUACAAUUAUAAUUAGAAAGGAAAUUCGUAAUUAGUACAAUUAAAUAUUAUUAUUUAAUAUUUAAUAAAACAAGAAUAUAAUAUUUGUCCCUUUUUAAAAUGGAAAUUGAAAUUAAAAAAUAUCCGCUUUCUCACACUUCGUGGUAACUUGCAAUAUAUUAUUAACAUUUUGCAAUAACAUUAUCAACGUUUAUGAAAUGGAUUAUUUAUUACUAUACAUUGUAGUUAUCAACAAUUUCAAUAUACUUAUCAAUUCAUUACAAUUACAUUAUUAACAAUUUUGGAAAAGUUGUUACCCCUUUUUUCAUUUUUGUCAUCAACGCUUAUAACUGAAUCAUUAAAGUUAUGUAACAUUAUCAUUAACAGUUUGAAUAACAAUAUCAUUAAUUUACAACCUCUUUACUUAUGAUUCACAUUUUCACGUCAAGUUUAUAACUUUCUCAUCAUGGCCCACUUCCAAAGACUUUCAAUGACAUUGUUAACAUUUUGCGAUAAAUUGAUAUCUCUUUACAUUAUCGUUCUCAAUGAUCAUAAAGCACAAUAUUGAUUUUCAACAUCUUCAACACUUGUGACAUAGUGCACUUGUGACAUAGUAAAGAAAAAUAUUAGUUCAAGCAAACCAACAUUCACACAUGUGCACUAAACUUCUAAUAACAAUACAAUAAAUCAUUGAUAACGAAAAACUAUUUCAUUGAAACUAAACAAAAAACAUCAAUAACGUCCGACUUAAUUUAAAUUAUCAAAUAUCAUCCAAAGUGUUCAUCAAAAUGUUGUUUUUCGUUCAAAUCUAAAACAAAAACGUUAAAAAUGAUAGGCUUUAAUAUAAAAAAUGACAUCAAGGCUUUAAUAAUGAUAUUCAAAACCAUUAAUAACAAAUGAGGAAAUCACUAAUAAGAAAAUAAAAUUUUGUUGAAAAUAAAAGAAAUUAUUAUUACUAUUCAGAUGCAAUGUUUAAUGUCAAAUACCGCUAAAAACGUAUUAAUAAAAUAUUCGGUCAAGCUAUAAAAAAAGAGUUAAUAACUAACAUGUGUUUCAUGGAUAAUGAAAUGAAAAUGGCUAUUAAUUAACUUCUAAGAUAUUAUUAAUAUCUUAUUUUCAAAUAUUAAUACUCUUAUACACACUCAUUAAUAAUUACACCAACUACGUUACUAAAUUAGACUAAAAAGGUUAAUAAAAAUUGUUAUAUCAUUAACAAUACCUUACCAUCCCCGUUUACUUGCUAGCUAUUUCAAUCUCUUUCAAAAGAUUUGGUAAUGAUAGCAACUAAUAAUUAUUAAUUAUCUUACUAGAUGUUAUUAAUACCUUCCUUGUAAGACAUUGAUAACACUUAUAUACAACUAUUAAUAAUGAUACAAACUACGUUACUAUUGUAGACUAAAAGGUUAACAACAAUAGUUAUAUCAUUACAAUACCUUAGCACCCCUGUUGCUCACUAUUUUAGCCCUUAUUAAAUAGGCGCGACAUCAUCAUCAGCGCUCGUUUGCCGCCGCUUCUUAGGCUUUAGAUUCGUCUUGUCGUGGAGAGGUCACCGUAUAGUUCCGGCCUGCAGUCGCUCCAUGGGUGCGGAAACUAACUCGUCGCCGUCGGCUUCGGCACUCCGCAACAAGAACUCCAUCUAAAGCUCGACACCGGCAGUGAGAUCUCGUGGUUGCCGACCUGGCAAAACGACCGUCUCGAUCGUAGAGCCUAUUCCACCUCCAACGUCGGGCGACAGGAAAGUGGACGGUCCAUUUUUGGAAGCUACGAGUGUCGCCUGGAUCUGGAUGAGGAGAUUGUUGUGCAGCCGCAAGAGGAGAUGCACAGUCGGAAGGUUGAAGGGGAGAGGGAAAAAUAUUUCCUUCAAACAAGCCGAGGGCGGAGAAAAUGUAUAAACCCUAACUAAAUAUAUCACGUUAGAUUUCAAAAUAAUUAAAAUCUCCUAAUGCCCUAAUUACCCUUUAACCACCUACUAACAACUAACAUCCAUAAAUUAAAUAAUUUCCUAUAAGUCAAUAGGAGAAGUUUAAGCAAUUGCUUAAGGUUUUGGGUUUAAGCACCAGAACCCACGCCGUCUAUACCAACUAUGUGCAACGCUUGAUACCUUAGAUCAUCAAUGUCAUAGACCAUCAUUAUGGUUCAUAGAGGCUCUAAAUAGUUGAUGUGUUAUCCAUAAUUCCUUCCUCGAUUGAUUAGUAUAGUGGCAUGAAGCGAAAGCACGCAUUAGAUAGUUAUAAUAUUCAACUAAAUUGUUUUUUACGGAACAACUAAAAAAAUUAAAAAUAUAGAAUAGUGUAACUUCAAUCAGUGAAGAUAUUUUUGAAGCAACUCUUAUUGAAGAUUAGUCUUGUAGGUGAAUUUAUAUUGUAGGAUUUUUGAAUGGAAGUAUAUAUCUUGAAAUUGCUCUGUACUGUUAUGUAAUGGCUUGAUUAUCCCCAAGCAAUAAGAAUCAAUGUUGUUUCUAAUUUAGGGGAUAUCCUACUACCUACAGUCAUAUGGUGUACUACGAAAAUAUUGCGUUGUUUCGAUGGGAGAUUCUAAUCAUAAUGCUAACGUUGUUGAUAAUUUAGCUAGAAUUCAAGUCACAAUUAAUUUUAUUCAUCUAUUUGUGCACAUUUUCAACUAUUUAGUCAUUACAUGUAUGUUUUAGGUGAUCCUGAUGGACAAAUGGAGCAACUGAAAUCAAAAUAUUGUUUUGUGUCAGUAAGGAUCUGACACUAUUGACUUUAAAAUAAAUGUGUUUAUCCAACGAAGAGGAUUUGCGUCGGUUAUGAUUGACACUCAAGUUUUUCCUUAAAGAAACUUUUUUCUCAUGAAAAAAAAUUAAUGCAUGUCGGUUUUGGUGUCGGUUACGAACCAACAAUGAGUAUAUUUGUGUGUGUUAUGCCAAUGGUUCAAAAUCACCGACACAAAUUUCACAUGUGUCAUCAAACUUUGAAUCCGUUGUACCAACUGACACAAAUGUUGUUUGUUUUGAUUACAAUCGACACAAAUAGUACCAAAUAACCCACGCAAAUACAGUGUUUUCUUGUAGUGGCAACUCAUAUGUUGCUCAGAUCAAGGUUGUGAGUUAAAGGAACUAUAGUGGGAGCUUGCCAAUGCAACGCCUCACUCUCUUGUUUCCUUCACCAGCUAGUAGUACAGAUUUUGUUUCGCGCACUAUCUUUUUUCCUUCAUUUUGUAAAACCAAGGGGAACUUCAACGCCGGAGGCACCUUAAACUCCACAUUCAUUUUAAAAUUAUAUAAAACUCGCCCCUCACCACUGGAGUAAGUGGUUGUGUGAGACCCUAGGGAAUACCAUCCUGGUCUUUGUACUAGGUAAAUUUGAAUACACGUAUUGUACUACACGCAAUUGGUGCCCACUUUAUGUAUCCUAUUGAUAGUGCGAUAAUGGACACAGAAGGUUGCAUGAAAGCCCCAAUUAUACUUGGACAUCUAUUCUUAGCAACUUCAAGAACCAUCGUCGACGUGAGUGGCAUAGGAUAUUACAUUGAGGUUUGGAGAGGAGCAAGUUCCCUACACCAUGACUCCAAUUCCUACUUAAGUGGGAAGACAGCUUCUAAAUGUGAACCAGUAACUCCUACCCCAAUACCUCCCUCAAGUCUAGCAAUAUAGUGGUUCGAUAUGAUUUUCAACAUUGAGCCGAAUCAAGAGUAUGAUGAUCUCAAGAAGAAGAAAAAGGAAAUGGUACAAGAUGCCACCUUUAAGAAGGAGAUGAAUGAUUUGCUUAAGGUGUCUAAUGAAGCCAAUGUGAAGAAUAAAAGUCUUAAGCAACUUAUGUUUGAAUGGAGCCCCAUUCUUAAAGGCAAUGUCAAGAUGAAAAAAACCAAGGCGGUCAAACUUGACCUGACCUAUGAAAAAUAUUCACCCUGGGUAAUUUUUUUAAUUGUCUAUACAAAUAAUACAAGUAUUGUUUGCUUAAUGUGACAGAAACUAUCACCCAAAAUGAGUGAUAGUUAAAUCUCAAGUUUUAAGUUAGAUUGUUGAGAUAGUGUUGCUUUUUUAUAUUAAAAACAAAGGGUAAAAUUGACAUUUCACCCAAAAAGUUAUAUAGCUACUUUAAAUACUACAAUAUGUAUCACAUGAACCAAAUGAUGUAAACUACAACGCACCACUUUUCUUAAAUAAUUGUAUAGUAUUAUAGAUACAUCGAUAACAAUGUAUUAAUAUAACAAUCACCACAACUAAAUGAAUACGUGUAUUUUUUAUGUUGAAAACUAUCACAUUUUCUCAAGGAGGAGAACUUCGCAACGAUGGCGCUAUCAUCUACUCUUCUCUCCCUGUUCCUCGUUCAAUCUCCAUUGAUUAUGGGAGUAAGUAUCUUCUUUCCGUACCUACUUCCCGCUUUAUCACACCUAGUAAGUUUUCAUUUUGCUUCCCAUAAUUCUCUUUCGCCUCAAGACAUCUAGCUUCUAUGGUUUCGGUCCAUGCCAAAACAAACUCUUCAGUGUUGCAUGCUGCAGCGACUGCGAAAGAGAAAUCAAAGAAGAAGAUAGGGUGGGAUGCCUAAAUUAAGAAGAACCAGCUUCAGGAAACAGUGCAGUAGCUGGGAUGCCUGAAGAAAAACCAGCUUCAGUAAACAAUGUAGUAGAUCCAUGCUUAGUGUGCGACUCCUGCUCACUAGAAAUGCAAAUGCAUUUGAAUUCAAGUUUAGGCAGAAGAGAUUCUUGUUAUCUCUUAGAGAACGUGAAGAUGGAUUAAGAGCAAGGAGUAGUUCUUAUUGAGUUCAAGUGUAAGUUUGAAAUUUGGAUGGACUCUGGUCUCAAGUAUUAGUAGAUUAGUUCUUCUUUGCAAUUCAUGUGUUGCAAUUUCCUUAUCUUUUCCAUACUAAUAGGGCAUUGGCUCUGCCAACUAAUAUUGAGCUACCCUCUUGUAAAUGGUUGUCAAAGAAUUGGCCACCGUAUGAUUUGUGAAGUGGAGGAUGAAGGGAGGAAUUUACUCGGAAUUGGAGACCUCUUGCAGUGACGGUAAACUACAAAACAAAUAGAGUUAUAGGUAUAAUAUGCACCUAUACUAUGCACUUUUAUCAAACAUGCCCGUAUUAUUUUUAUUAUCAAACAUAUACCUAUAGUAUAAAUCCAUCAUCAAAUAUGCCUCUCCGUUAUAAUAAGCGGUAGAAGACGACAACCUAAGGUAAGCUGUUGCUUUUAAAAUUCAUUGUUUUGACUUGUAGAAACGACAACCUAGAGUUUAAAUAUUGAUUUUGUAUUUGACAUCUUUUGCUUUAGUUCUCACCUGUAGCCAUAGGUAAAGUUUUACUUUAAUUUCCCCUUAUGAAUACUUUAUUGUUUUAAGUUGGUGGGUGUGUAAUUUAUGGUUGAAAACUUAUCGGAUUAAUUAUAUGGUUGGUCACUGAGAUUACAAAAAACGUUCAUGUUUAGUCACUGGAAAUAUUUAAAUCCAAUCUUGGUCACUCAAAUUAGUUAAAUGGUUCAAGUUUGGUCACUCUCCGUCCAACUCUGUUAAAUUUGUCUGAUGUGGCAGUCAACCCUCAAAGUUGACUAUUAACUCGGUGACGUGGCAAUUAAAAAAUAAUAAAUAAAAUAAAUUUUAAUCUUCUACCAUUUCCAACUCAUUUUCACAAUAAAGCAAAAUAAAAAAAAAUAAAAAAAUUAUUAUAAUCACAAAUUAAAAGAGUAGCUUCCUCCUCCGCCACCACAUCCCUUCCUGCAACCAAAGCGUCGCCGGCGUUAGCGAGGCAGAAGGUGAUGAGCUCGUUGGCUCCCGUCGCGCCGCCGCCCAUCACGGUCUUCUCCGGAUCGAACCUCACCUUCUUCCCCCUCGCUCGCUCCAUAAAUCACGAUCUCAGUUCUUCAAGCAAGUCCAAUUCCAUUCCGCGGUUAUUCACUGUCUUCGCCUCCUUCAAGAAUGAAACAGUCGAAGCUGCGGGCCUGCGGCGAUGAUGAGCCCGACUUCCAUCCUAGACAGCAAGUCCUUCUCCAGCCUAAAAAACCCAUUCUCCCCUGAACUCGCUUCUCCUGCCGCGCCGACGCUCCCAACCGGAGCCAGUACUGGGAAAACCUCAAAUUCAUCAACAAAAUUACCCGCCGAGAGCCGAAUGGUUCUGUUUGGGUCCCAGCUCAAGAUCCAGAUCCCUUCUUCCUUGCUCUCCCUCCCGCCUUCUUCCCCAGCAGCAGGGUCUUCCCCCAGAUCUCCGGCCGAUUUUGGGAUCAAGACGAGGAACUCUCAAUUGGGCAGCUCUUUCUCCUCCUCCGGUCUAUCCCCAUCCCCCGUACUGAAAUCCACGACGUUCGGGUCGUACAAUUUGGGUCUGGACGCCUCGAACUCGCCGCCGCACCGGGUCUUCACCGCUAGCGAAAUGGAGCUUUUCCAGGACUAUACCUGCAUCAUCUCCCACGGCCCCAUCUCGAAAACCACUCACAUAUUCGACGAUUGCAUCGUCGACGCCUGCUGCGGCGUGUUUAGCCUCGAUCCCUCGGUCAAAGAAGCGUCCGACGAUUUCUACCCUUUAUGAGAGCGUGAUUAUAAUUAUUUUU